CUUCGCCGGAAAUGGCUCCAGAGCCGUCGCGGGCGCCCCUUCCAAAGCUGCCCGCGGCGACUAUGGAAGAAUUCAGGGAAUUGGAAAAUGCCCUGAAGGAUAAAGCUACAGCCACAGCCCUGCAGCUGGAGGUGGCUACGUGGGUCAGGGCAACUGACACGGUUGCCGAGGCCUGCCGAAGCCUUCUGGAAAGGGCCCUCAAGAAGGAGGUCCAAAUAAAAUUUAGCCUCCUGGGCCGGAAAGGCAAGCUACCUUUCCGGGGGACCCUCCUCUGCCGCAUUGUGACAGAGACCAUCAAGAGUGCGAAGGCUGCCAAUGUGCCAGAUGUCGAAAAGGCCAUUGGCAGGUACCUGGCCGGUGCUGUGGACCGGGAGGGGGGCAGGCGCCAGAGGUUUUGCCACCAAACAGAGGCCAUUCAACUGCCAACUGGCGAUGUGUGA